CGGCUAUAAAAGCGAAGUCGAUUGCCAAGGCCUCACCUAAAGUAAUCUCCGUUCCCAAGGCAAACGACGUUUAUUGGGUCCAAUGAAGCGCUCUACCUUACUAUCAGUCAUUCUUUGCGUUCUGGGCGCUCAGGCGGCACCAGAUCGCACUUCACGUAUCAUCAAUGGACAAAUAGCGUCUUAUAACCCAUACAAUGCGUAUAUUGUGUAUACUAGGACAGAUGGCUAUGGAUACUUCGGAGGCGGUACUAUCAUUUCUGACCGCCAUAUUCUGACGGCCGCUAUAAAUAUUUUCGGAUUCGUCAAAUGGGAUGUUGGAGUCGGGAGCAACAUCCUCAGCCAGCUUGGCACGGUGACCUCGUACACAGCCACGGCCCAUCCGUUGUUUAACUCUGCGAAUCGGGCUAACGACAUCGGAGUCAUCACCCUUCCAGUGUCAUUGGUUAUCACAGGUAACGUAGCUCCGAUCGCGCUUCCACCACUAAACGUUGUAGUAGGAUUCCCGUUCGAAAACGAACAGGGUACUGUCGUGGGCUUUGGAUUCACCGAUGUUGCCGCUACGGUCCGUCCAAGCUACCUAAUGCGUGCUUACCAGCGAGUAACUUCCAACACCCGGUGCCAACAGUACUACCAAAUCACGCUGCCCAAUCAUUUCUGCGCCGAGGAUACCGUUGAGGGUGCCAACGUGUGCAACGGAGAUUUGGGAGCCGGUUUCAUUACCGAUGUAAACGGGCAGCAGACCGUUACCGGAGUAGCCUCGCUGAUCACCCAGGCUUGCGGAUAUUUGUACCCAGCGGGUUACACACGUGUCGAGCCCUACCGGGCAUGGAUCAAUUCGAUUACUGGUAUCUAAGGGGUGUCGAAAUUGAUACUUCAGUAAAGGUGUGUGAUUACAUUUUUGGUAUUUUCUGUAAGAAUAAAUUUGAUUUUUUUUUUC